AUGAGCCUUUUCGGAUCUUCGACUGCGAACCAGACGCAACCUGCGAAGCCCGGCCUGUUUUCCUUUGCCAACACCCCGUCGAGCCAGCCUGCUGGCCAGUCAUCCUUGUUUAGCCCGGCGCAGACACAGCAGAGCAAUGCCCCAAAAUUCAGCUUUGGAGCUCCUCAAUCCCAGCCUGCCCAGCCUGCUCAGACCGGAGGCAUCUUUGGUGCUUCUCAGACGCAACAGGGCGGAGGCUUGUUUGGAAGUGCACAGCCUCAGCAGCAGCAGGCCGGAGGGAUUUUUGGAACAUCUCAACAGCCCCAGCAAACAGGUGGAUUGUUCGGAACAUCAACACAACCACAACAGCAGAGCGCUUUUGGUCUGUCGCAAUCGCAGCAACAGCAACAACAACAACAGCCACAAAAGCCUCCGCAGCGUCCGCUUGAUCAGACUUUGAGGUUUGCGCAGUCCCAGCAGGGACAGCCUGCGUCGCAGUCAAUGUGGGAAGAAGGUCGCGGUUUGAACGUGUUCAGAUCGAUUCCAGCACAGAUGACUAUCGUCAAGAACAAGUGGGACCCACAAAACCUAUCGUCUCCCCUGCGGACAUACCUCUACAAACAUGUCGAAACGGAAACGGAGGCUUUGAAAUACAGACCUGGCCCUGGCGAGGACGAAGACAAAUGGGAGGAGGCUCUCUCAAAACGACCCGGACCGGAUUGGGUCCCCUUGCUCGUUCAAGGCUUUUUCCAGUUGGGAAGAAAGGCUCAGAUACAGAUGGAGGCUAUUCAGAGAUGCAAUAUGAUGCUCCAGGAGAUCAACACAUCCCUCGAUGUCCAGCUCGAUAAGCACCGCCAGAAUGUUGCCACUAGACUCGAAGAAUGCAAACGAAGACAGGCGGCCACAGCCCAGAGAACCCUCGCAUUGGCAGUGAAGGUUCAGAUCCUGCGCAAUCGAGGCUACGUGAUGGACAAUGCCGAGGAAGAAUUGAAGUCAAAGCUGGAAAGAUUACAGCGAGAAGUCUUUGACCCCAGCCUAGAUGCCAGACAGCAGGAGAUUUGGGCCCGGAUGUUGGGUAUCCGAGAACGAACGAAGAGAUUGAAGAUGGAAAUGGAAAAGGUCGCUCCGGCGGCAAAUGAUGAAGAGUCUACUCUUGAUGAAGAAACGAUCAGGGCGGCCAAGAAGACGCUCGAGGCAUACGACAUACAAUUACGACACUUGCAGAAAGAAUUGGACCUAGUGCAACAGGAGUUCGAGGCUUGGGAGAAGAUAUCCAAGGAUAGGGAUAACGAUGCGCCUCGACGUAGAUAG